AUGUCAGCCGUUCAGGCAUGGACACUUGGUGACAAGUAUUACAUACCAAAGUUCCAGAAUGCUCUUUCUGAUGAGCUUCGAAGCUUUUGGGCAGGGGAUUUAGUUCACCCUCGCACCUUUUUAUGGCUGGUCGAGAAUAGCGCCGAUGUGACCGCUCUCCGACAACUUGUUUGCGACUAUCUAUCCUAUGGCCUGGUACAUUCGUCCUCGAUGUACAGAUAUGCUUGUGACGAGGAUGAGGUGGAGUCUCCGAGUGCCGACGGUUAUGCGAGGGCGCUCAAGGACUUACUAGCCAAUCCCGAGAUCGGCCUCGAGUUGUUCUGGGCUACAAAAAAUCUGAAAAGAGGAGGAACAGAUCCAAAAGACUCUGGUCGGUGCUAUUAUCACGUUCAGGUCGAAGGCCAGACUUGCGUGAGGUAA